UCUCCCACUGCGUCUCCUAAACGAUAUAACGACCUAAUAUGCCUCUCCUUGCCGUGUUUACGGGCCUGGCAAUCGUGCGCCACCUUAUCCCCGGCGCACGUUAGCCCCUCUCCCCACCUAAGCGGUGGUGGCCUCCCCAUCUCUCAAGAUCUCAUAAUCAGCCGCACACCACUCCCACCACCACCCCUUUAACCCUACCCAACCAAACCCAACAUGUCACCAUUUACUACUUUUCUUCUUUCUCCGCCGCCGCCACCAUUACCACCCCAUCUUCCCCAAAACCUCUCUUUCGUAGCUCUAUCCUGCGCCGCCGUUCUUAUCCGUUACCCUUAAUCUUUCACCUUCACUUUAUUCCGCCGCCGCCGCCGCCUUAAGAUCUGAAAUCUGAGAAUUUCCGUUUUGAGUUUCCCGUCUUUCAUGGCUUCCCCUUCUUCUUGUUCUCCUGUUGACUCCUCCGCCACCACCGCGCCUGCCGAUCCUCCCACCGCCGUCCCUCUCGCCGUUCCUGUUCCUCCGGUUCUGCCCUCUUCGCAGCCCUCGUCCUCCUCCUCUCGUCGCCUUCCUCCGCCGUGCUGGUCUGCUGAGGAAACUGUUGCUCUCAUCGACGCGUACCGUGACAAGUGGUAUUCUCUUGGCCGGGGUAAUCUUAAGGCCACGCAUUGGCAAGAUGUCGCCGAUGCGGUUGCUUCUCGCUGCCCGGGCGCGUCACCGCCCAAAACUGCCGUCCAGUGCCGCCACAAGAUGGAGAAGCUCCGGAAGCGGUACCGCACCGAGGUCCAACGCGCGCGCAACCUUCCUGUCGCUAGGUUCAAUUCCUCUUGGGUCCACUUUAAGCGGAUGGAUUCCAUGGAAAAAGGCCCUUCCCCUGUCAAGCCCGAGAACGUUUCCGAUGAUAGCCCCGAUGAGUUUGACGGCGAUGAGGAUAAUGACUUGUACGAGGAAUUCAGAAGCGUUAGUGGAUCCAACACAAGGAGCUUGAAUAAGUUGUGUCGGAAUGGGAUGGGUGGCAGCAACGGCAGCGGUGGAUUUCGGAUUCGAAUUCCCAAUGGGGUAAGCAUUGCACAACCUGGGAAUUCCAAGUUGUAUGGGAAAAUUGCUGAUCAGAAAUACAACUAUAACAAUAACAACCCCAGUUCAAAAUCUGGGCAUGGCUUUAAUUGUAGUCCCAAUUAUGAAACUAGAGUUUUGAAAGAGAGAAGUGGGUUGGGAAAAAGAGAAAGAGAGAAGGAGCGAGAUCCUCUCAGUGAGAUGGUAUGUGCAAUUAAGGUUUUGGGAGAUGGGUUUGUGAAGAUGGAGCAGAUGAAAAUGGAGAUGGCGGGGGAGAUUGAGAGUAUGCGUAUGGAGAUGGAGAUGAAGCGUACUGAGAUGAUUCUGGAGUCACAGCAGCGGAUCGUGGAGGCUUUUGCAAAAGCAGUUUCAGAGAAGAAGACAAAGAGAAUGCCUUCAUCGCCUUCAGAAUCAUAGAUCAAUUGAUUGGUAUAGUUUUUUGACGUUGUAAAGUGAUGGAGCAUUCCUAAAGCAGCCAAUGAGUUCACUUUAUCAUCCGUUUGUGAGUUCAGUUUAGUUCUGUGUUUCAUCUCAUAUUUAUUAGAAUUAGGCCUUUGCCUUUCUGUCUCUCUGUCUUUAUUGGUUUUGUUCUUCCUUGCAAUUUUUUUUGCGGGGAAAACUUGAUCAGUUUAAGCUUGAUGGUGGAUAAAUUAUGUUUUAGUACCUAAUCCAAUGAUUUAUAAAUAAACAUAUAUCAUGAGAACUGUAUGAAUUUGGCAUGAUAAUGUGAGCCAUAUUCCUGUAAGCAGCUAUAAAUGUUGCAGAGAUCGUUUAUUAGUUAACAUGUGCGUAGAUCAACGGUUCACUGUUU